GACUAUCGUGGAUCCUCUGGGGAGCCUCAACAACAUCAUGAUGCUGAAGAGGCAGAGAAGAGUCUCUCCACAUCAGAACUCCUCAAGAAACACCAGCAGAGAUCCACAGGGAAGAAUCCUCACUGCUGCUCUCACUGUGGGAAGCGUUGCAAAUCUUUAUCAGAACUUAAAAUACACCAGAGAACACACACUGGAGAGAAACCUUAUAGCUGUGAUCAAUGUGGGAGGAGUUUUACUAUAUCAAGCCAUCUGACUUCACACCAGAGAACACACACAGGAGAGAAACCUUAUAGCUGUGAUCAAUGUGGGAUGAGUUUUGCUGCAUCAAGCAAUCUGACUUCACACCAGAGAACACACACAGGAAAGAAACCUUAUAGCUGUGAUCAAUGUGGGAUGAGUUUUGCUGCAUCAAGCAAUCUGACAAGACACCAGAGAAUACACACAGGAGAGAAACCUUAUACCUGUGAUCAAUGUGGGAAGUGUUUUACUAUAUUAAGCUCUCUGACUUCACACCAGAGAACACACACAGGAGAGAAACCUUAUAGCUGUGAUCAAUGUGGGAAGUGUUUUACUAUAUCAAGCUCUCUGACUUCACACCAGAGAACACACACAGGAGAGAAACCUUAUAGCUGUGAUCAAUGUGGGAAGUGUUUUACUAUAUCAAGCUCUCUGACUUCACACCAGAGAACACACACAGGAGAGAAACCUUAUAGCUGUGAUCAAUGUGGGAAGUGUUUUACUAUAUCAAGCCAUCUGACUUCACAUCAGAGAACACACACAGGAGAGAAACCUUAUCUCUGUGAUCAAUGUGACAAGAGAUACUCCGAUAAAAGAUCUCUGAUUAAACAUCAGAAAAUACAUGAA